GGUGGGCGGGGAAUUUGCGGAACGUCCGUGGCCCGGAAUCCCUUUGCCUUGGAGAGCGGCGCGAGCCUAGAAGCUGAGAGAAGUUGGGUAGGUCGAUCCGGGAAGGGUAGCAGAAACCUCGAAAAGAUCUCCUAACCAUUCUGUCCUGAUCGUUUGGACUCAGGAGGAACGUCCCUGCUUGCGUCUAGGGGCGGAAGGUGGACGCGCUGCGCACGGCCCCGACAGGGCUGGUAGUUUUCAGACCGUCCCUGCCGAGGCCCGCUCGCCCGGCAGCCCUGCGGCUCCCGCGGUGGCGGCGGCGGCCCCAGGCUCGAUCUAGCCCAGGUAGCCGCAUCUCAGUCUCAGGGGGCGCUCUGACCCCGCUCCUGGCUGUGCCUGGGACCUCUGUUCCUGGAGCAAGGCUGCUGGAGAGUGAACCCGACUGCUACUGAUGGUGCUUCUGCUGCUCCCCUACUAGCAGGAGUGACUCCUACCCAAAAGUGGACUUUGGAGGAGGGUCCAUUAGGUCAUAAUGGAAGCCCAGCAAGGAAACCAGCUGACUCAGGAGCCGGAGUGAGAGCCACGCACUCUCCGCCCCAACCUGCACCAUGAACUUGCCUUCCCCUUCUGCUUGUUGAGAGCCAAGGGAAUGGUACAUUGCUAGAGAGAGAUGGCUUUCUUUUCUCCCUGGAAGUUGUCCUCUCAGAAGCUGGGCUUUUUCCUGGUGACUUUCGGCUUCAUCUGGGGCAUGAUGCUUCUGCACUUCACCAUCCAGCAGCGGACUCAGCCCGAGAGCAGCUCCAUGUUACGGGAGCAGAUCCUUGACCUCAGCAAGAGGUACAUUAAGGCACUGGCAGAGGAGAACAGGGACGUGGUGGAUGGCCCCUACGCUGGUGUCAUGACAGCCUAUGAUCUGAAGAAAACGCUCGCCGUCUUGCUGGAUAACAUCCUGCAGCGCAUUGGCAAGCUCGAGUCAAAGGUGGACAAUCUGGUCAACGGCACAGGAGCGAACUCCACCAACUCCACCACGGCUGUCCCCAGCUUGGUGUCGCUUGAGAAAAUUAAUGUGGCAGAUAUCAUUAAUGGAGUUCAGGAAAAAUGUGUAUUGCCUCCUAUGGAUGGCUACCCCCACUGCGAGGGGAAAAUCAAGUGGAUGAAGGACAUGUGGCGCUCGGACCCCUGCUACGCAGACUAUGGAGUGGACGGGACCUCCUGCUCCUUUUUUAUUUACCUCAGUGAGGUUGAAAAUUGGUGUCCUCGUUUACCUUGGAGAGCAAAAAAUCCCUAUGAAGAAGCUGAUCAUAACUCAUUGGCGGAAAUCCGUACGGAUUUUAACAUUCUCUACGGCAUGAUGAAGAAGCACGAGGAGUUCCGUUGGAUGAGGCUUCGGAUCCGGCGAAUGGCUGACGCGUGGAUCCAAGCUAUCAAGUCUCUGGCGGAGAAACAAAACCUUGAGAAGAGGAAACGGAAGAAAAUCCUUGUUCACCUGGGGCUCCUGACCAAGGAAUCGGGCUUCAAGAUUGCGGAGACAGCAUUCAGCGGUGGCCCUCUGGGUGAACUCGUUCAGUGGAGUGACUUAAUCACAUCUCUGUACCUGCUGGGCCAUGACAUCCGGAUCUCGGCCUCACUGGCUGAGCUCAAGGAGAUAAUGAAGAAGGUUGUUGGAAACCGGUCUGGCUGUCCAACUGUAGGAGACAGAAUCGUUGAGCUGAUUUAUAUCGAUAUUGUGGGACUUGCUCAAUUUAAGAAAACACUAGGGCCAUCCUGGGUUCAUUACCAGUGCAUGCUCCGGGUGCUAGACUCCUUUGGAACAGAACCUGAGUUCAAUCAUGCGAGCUAUGCCCAGUCAAAAGGCCACAAGACCCCCUGGGGAAAGUGGAAUCUGAACCCGCAGCAGUUUUACACCAUGUUCCCUCAUACCCCAGACAACAGCUUUCUGGGCUUCGUGGUGGAGCAGCACCUGAACUCCAGCGACAUUCACCACAUCAACGAGAUCAAAAGGCAGAACCAGUCCCUUGUGUAUGGCAAAGUGGAUAGUUUCUGGAAGAAUAAGAAAAUCUACCUGGAUAUCAUUCACACGUACAUGGAAGUGCACGCCACUGUUUAUGGCUCCAGUACCAAGAACAUUCCCAGUUACGUGAAAAACCAUGGCAUUCUCAGUGGACGUGACCUGCAGUUUCUUCUCCGGGAAACCAAGCUGUUCGUUGGGCUCGGAUUCCCUUAUGAAGGCCCAGCUCCCCUGGAGGCCAUCGCGAAUGGAUGUGCUUUCCUGAACCCCAAGUUCAACCCUCCCAAAAGCAGCAAAAACACAGACUUCUUCAUUGGCAAGCCAACACUGAGAGAGCUGACAUCCCAGCAUCCUUACGCAGAAGUCUUCAUCGGCCGGCCACACGUCUGGACUGUGGAUCUCAAUAACCGAGAGGAAGUAGAAGAUGCAGUAAAAGCCAUCUUAAACCAGAAGAUUGAGCCGUAUAUGCCAUAUGAGUUCACAUGUGAAGGCAUGCUGCAGAGAAUCAACGCUUUCAUUGAAAAACAGGACUUCUGCCAUGGCCAAGUGAUGUGGCCGCCCCUCAGCGCCCUGCAGGUGAAGCUGGCUGAGCCAGGGCAGUCCUGCAAACAGGUGUGCCAGGAGAGCCAGCUCAUCUGCGAGCCUUCCUUCUUUCAACACCUCAACAAGGAAAAGGACCUGCUGAAGUAUAAGGUGACCUGCCAAAGCUCAGAACUGUACAAGGACAUCCUGGUGCCCUCCUUCUACCCCAAGAGCAAGCACUGUGUGUUCCAAGGGGACCUCCUGCUCUUCAGUUGUGCCGGAGCCCACCCCACACACCAGCGGAUCUGCCCCUGCCGGGACUUCAUCAAGGGCCAAGUGGCCCUCUGCAAAGACUGCCUAUAGCAUCGCUGCCCUGAAUUAACUCAGACGGGAAAGACGUGGCUCCACUGGGCAGGGCCAAGGGGCACAAAGACAUUCAGGGACUCUGACCAGAGCCUGAGAUCUUUGGUCCAGGGCUUGAGUUUAGUACCGCUCCAGCCACAGCCAGUGCAUCCCAGUUUACACCAAAACCACAAGGGAACAGGUUAGAACAGGAACCUGGGUUCUCCUCAAUGUAAGGAAUGUCCUCUCUGUCUGGGAGAUCGAGCGACUGUAGGGAAAGGAUCCAGGCAGUUGCUCCCGGGAAUUUUUUUUUUUUUUUUUUUUUUAAAGAAGGGAUAAAAGUCCGGAGACUCAUUCAAACUGAAAACAAAACAGGAAGAGGGAAUUGAGCCAAUUGGGAAGGACUUUGGGGCCGAUCCUAAACCAAUUAAUUUAUUUAUUUGGGAGGAUGGGGGCGGGCUCGGGAGGGAGGAGAGGGGUUGAACAGUUUCCUUUUGUUCCUCACUGUUAAUUCGCCCACCUUCGGGCCCUUCUUGUUCUGCAGCGCCAAGCAGGGUGCAGAGGGGCUGUGGCUUGCUUGAGGGGCCACUGUGGGGCUUCACUCCUGGUCACAGGUGGCAGCAGAGAAAAGAGAUGUCUAUAAGCAGGGGGAUGUAGCUCAGUUUGUAGAAUGCUUGCAUAGCAUAAAUGAAGUCCUGGGUUCCAUCCCCAGCACCACAUAAAUGCAGGUAAGAAACAGAGUCAGGAGGACCAAGCAUUCUCCUUGGCUACAUAACAAAAGCAAGGCCUUUGUCCCCAUGUCUUGGCUACAAGAGACCCUAUCUCAGAAAAUUGUGGGGGGGAGGGGGAGGGAAAUGGCCUUGAAAACACAGCCAGUCACUGUCACAGCAUUGCCAGAACUGGUGGAUCCCAGGUGUGCUUGGCAGAUGGCAGCUAAAAGGCACAUAACCUUGGUGGGGAAAUAAAUGCCUGUGGUGUCCUGAGGGCCCCACCAAGUUCCAAAGACAGGCUGGGCUGCAGAUGAGAGAGGCUGCUUUCCUGUGUGUGUGUGUCCCUUCCUCCCCCUCCCCCUACAUAGCUUGGUCCUAAUUUCUGGUUAGAAUUUACCUUUGUUGAAGAAACACCAUGGGAUUAUGUAAUUCUUGUUUGCUGCUGUGGUAAACUCAGCCCCACCCCGUCACCGUCCCCCCUCAUUCCCCAUACCCCAUCGUAGGCUCCAGGAGCUGUCCUUGAACUUGGAGAAGGAUUUGGGUAAGAAUGCCAGUCCUAGAGUUAGUAGCACGAGGCUUUGUGCCUUGCCCCCAUUGAUGUCUGAUAUUGCUGCAAUCCAGGGAACUCACUCUUAGAACUUGAUGGUUUCUGGGGAGGAAAGGAUAGUUGAGGAUGAAUGCUACAAAGGGUGGGAGCCUGGGGCUGGCUUUUACGUGAAGCACUAUUGUUCUAUGGAGUUUGAGCAGCCCCUGUGAGGGCCUGACAGCAGGUUGGCCUAGGCAGUAUGCCGGAAUCCCCACCUUUCACACCCUGGAACCCUUCUGUGAGUCCAUCCCUGCUGAAGUACCGCUCCUGUGCUCUGUACACGUGUGAGUUUCUGGAGACACCUCCCACAGUUCUCUCCAUGCUGGCGAGUGAACCAAUCCUCUUCUACCUCUUGCUGUUAGCAUUGUCCACCCAGCCCCAGCUGGUAGAGUAGACUUCCUGGCCGGCGGCUGCUGCCCAGCGCCUCCCUGUGGCCAGGAGGAGCUUCUGCCUAGCUGAACAGCAGCCUGUGACUGGCUGAGCCUUCCAGAAGCAACAGAAAGGAGGAUCUGCUUGUAGUGACUAAGGGGUGGGGAGAUGGCGCAUGGAACUUUUUGGUCUGGGAAAUCAUCUGUUCUUCUCUUGAUCUCUACCUGGGUGCAUACAUCAUACCAAUCACACCUCUAGCGCCUCCCCGACCACACCCCUGUUGGCCCUAAGACAGACACCUCAGGGGCCUGAGAUUCUAGUCCCAGAGAAUGAAGUGGAGUGAAGAGGUGAUGUCAGGGCGGGUACUGGCCCUAAGCACUGACAGGGGUCCCUCAAGGCCUGCCUGGAAUCACCUCUGCCCAGGUUCAGCUGCCAGGAAGGCAGAAGUUCAAAAGCCUAGCUAUGAAGCAUCUUUAUUAAGCUUUGCAAAGGUUUCCUGCUACAGGAGGGGAGAAAGCUGUGCAGUCUCUUGGGAAAGGACUUUUCCCUUAGAGUGGGCCUCGGGGCUGCACUCCAGAGUUGUGGCAAUCUGCCUAAGUUUCCAAACCUGAAGGCUGUGGGUGACAGUGCUGACAUUCAACCGGCAGGGGGCGCCAAGCCGAAACUAAUCCCCAUGUUGCAGAUAACUAUAAACAGGCAGGAAGGCAACUUUGUCUCCACCCGCAGAUGCUUCCGGGCCUUGAGGUCAGGGUCUCUCCACAUUCCUAUUCCUCUUCCCCAGUUCAAGACCCUGACCCACACAACCCAGAAGAGCUCUUUCUCCCGUGUUAUAAAUCCCAUUCCCUAUUUUAGGCAGAAAUAAAGUAAGCUCACUUCCUCUGGUGUGUUCCUGCUCUUGGGACUAACCAAGCCUAGUCUAGUUAUUAAGAGAAUUAGCAAUAGGUGAGAUGUCCCUGAAUGGACGACAGCUCCCAGGCCUCCUCAGUUAGCAAGAUAUGGAUGGCCAAGUGACCCAUCAAGGGGAAACUGACCUGACCUGUGUAUGGGCAUUGAACCUGUCAGGUGUGGAAGACAGCAAAGAAGGCACCCACAGCCCUGGUGGAGCCAGCACUUACAAAGCAUUGGCGACCGAGGGCUGUGUGUAAUUGAACCUUCCACCUGGAUAGGAAUCUGAAGUCAGGACUCGUGUGUUCCGCACAGUAAACACAGAUCGCCUGGUCUUUAGAGUUGUUUUCCCCUUUGUGAUGUUAGGCUCUUAAAAUAGGGGGAAAGUUUUAUCUAAUUUAUUAAAAGAGAGAGUAAGUUGCUUCAGAAGGUGAAAGCUUUUUCAGAGUAAGAACUCCUGAGAGGGACCAUGCCUUGUGCAUUUCUGUGUGUGUUCUUAUACAAAUGGAAGCACUGUAUAGAGGUUUAUUUUGUCUCUAAGAUGAAUCGUUUGUUUUAGGUGAGUGUUUGGAAAUAGCUGUCUGUUCUUUGGCUGGGACAUGUCUUUUUGUUUCUCUUUGGGGUUGGAUUUUGAAGGCUGGGUGCUGUCGAAGGCUGAUAGCAGAUUGUUCCAGCCUUGAAUAACUACAUUUGUCCACAGUGUGUGCACACACAUGUCCCAGUGUAUGCAGGCACACAAGACUGUAUAUAUAGUGUGUAUACGUGUGUA